AAUACACUGAAGAGUGGUGGAAGAUCUGAAGACAUCGCAUGACAUCAGAGUUCUCAAAACAAAGAUUUUCUCAGUACUCUUCUCAAAAAGCAGAUAGUCAAAAGCUGCAUAUAAUGAACACUGAUAUUUACAUUUAAUGAGGAAUAAAAGAUGAAGACGGUGGAGCAACAUAUUCUCUAAGGAUUAUAUCUUCUUACUACUGCAGGCCUGUGUAUUAAGAAUUCUGCUGCAUCUUUCUUAAGAGUUGACAAACUCCAGGGUCUGCCUACAGUGGAGUUUGCCUUUUCUCUUGUCAUUACUAGAAGAAAUCCUGGUCGGAAUGUAACAUUCAUAUCUGCCUGAUUACUAUGGAAGUUGCUAGACUGAUACUCACUUAUUAAAGAUACAUCUCACUUAUCCACAAAAAAAGGAAAAAAAAUUCUUGAAAGUGACUAGAAACCAGUCCCUUGUGAACACUUCUAUUGAACAUGACUCAUGGAGAAGAGCUUGGCUCUGAUGUGCACCAGGAUUCUAUUGUUUUAACUUACCUAGAAGGAUUACUAAUGCAUCAGGCAGCGGAGGGAUCAGGUACUGCCAUUGACAAAAAGUCUGCCAGGCGGAAUGAAGAAGAUCAGAACUUUAACAUUUCUGGUAAUGCCUUUCCCUCCUGUCAAAGUAAUGGUCCAGUUCUCAAUACACACACAUAUCAGGGAUCUGGCAUGCUGCAUCUCAAAAAAGCCAGACUAUUGCAGUCUUCUGAGGACUGGAAUGCAGCGAAGCGGAAGAGACUGUCUGAGUCCAUCGUAAAUUUAAAUGUAAAGAAAGAAGCUUUGCUAGCUGGCAUGGUUGACACUGUGCCUAAAGGCAAACAGGAUAGCACAUUACUGGCCUCCUUGCUUCAGUCCUUCAGCUCCAGGCUGCAGACUGUUGCUCUGUCACAGCAAAUUAGGCAGAGCCUCAAGGAGCAAGGAUAUGCCCUCAGUCAUGAUUCUUUGAAAGUAGAGAAAGAUUUAAGGUGCUACGGUGUGGCAUCAAGUCACUUAAAAACUCUGUUGAAGAAAAGCAAAGCGAAAGAGCCAAAGCCUGAUUCCAGUCUUUCUGAUGUGUCUAAAACUCCCAUCAGAGAUAGGUUCGUAGAGACACCUCAUCACGUUGGACAAAGUGGAGCAAAAGUCAUCAGUGAACCCUUGUCAUGUGCUGCAAGACUACAGGCUGUUGCAAGCAUGGUGGAAAAAAGGGCUAGUCCUGCCACGUCACCCAAACCUAGUGUUGCUUGUAGCCAAUUAGCAUUACUUCUUUCAAGUGAAGCCCAUUUACAGCAGUAUUCACGGGAACAUGCUUUAAAAACACAAAAUGCAAACCAGGCAGCAAGUGAAAGACUUGCCGCUAUGGCCAGAUUACAAGAAAAUGGCCAAAAGGAUGCUGGUAGUUUCCAGAUAUCUAAAGGAAUGUCAAGCCAUCUUAAUGGUCAGGCUAGGACAUCGGGCAAACUAAUGACUAACAGGAGUACAACCUUUCAAAAUCCAAUGAGUAUCAUUCCUUCUUCCCCUAAAAACACAAGCUAUAAGAAUUCACUGGAAAGAAAUAAUAUAAAACAAGCUGCUAAUAAUAGUUUGCUUCUACACCUGCUUAAAAGCCAGACCAUACCGAAACCUAUGAACGGACACAGUCAGAGUGAGAGAGGAAGCAUUUUUGAGGAGAGUAGUACCCCCACAACUAUUGAUGAAUAUUCAGAUAACAAUCCCAGUUUCACAGAUGAUAGCAGUGGUGAUGAAAGCUCUUAUUCCAACUGUGUGCCCAUAGACUUAUCCUGCAAACACCGAACCGAAAAACCAGAAACUGAUCAUCCUGUUUCUUUAGAUAACUUGACGCAGUCCUUGCUAAAUACCUGGGACCCCAAAGUUCCUGAUGUCGAUGUCAAAGAAGAUCAAGAUACCUCAAAGAAUUCUAAACUAAAUUCACACCAGAAAGUAACUCUUCUUCAGUUGCUACUUGGCCAUAAAAAUGAAGAAACUGUAGAAAGAAAUAGCCCUCAGGAAGUAGUACAAAACGAAGUGACAAAGUUCAGUGCACAGAAUUAUAUGAGGACUUCUGUCAUCGAAAGCCCCAGUACAGCCAGGACUACUCCAGUGAGCACUCCACCAUUACUCGCAUCCAGCAAAGCCGAAUCUCCAAUCAACCUUUCCCAAAACUCUCUUGUCAUCAAAUGGAGUUCCCCCCCAUAUGCUUGCAGUGCUCAGUCUGAAAAGCCAACUAAUACUGCAUCGAGCCACUUAAUGGACCUGACAAGAAGCAAAGAACCACAAGGAGAAAAACCAGUCCAGAAUGAAGGUACACAAAACUCUGCAACUUUCAGUGCCAGUAAACUGUUACAGAAUUUAGCCCAGUGUGGAAUGCAGUCUUCUAGUUCAGGUGAAGACCAGAGGCUCAGUAAACAGCUACUCAGUAUAAACACAGACAAACCUAUAGGUAUGGUCGACAGAUUAAACAGCCCUCUGCUUACAAAUAAAACAAAUGCGGUUGAAGAAAACAAAGCCUUUGGUAAUCAGUCAUCAGGACCUGAACUGGGACUUUCUGGUUCUGAAAUAGAAAAUCUGCUGGAAAGACGCACCGUUCUCCAGUUGCUCUUGGGAAACCCCAACAAAGGCAAGAGUGAAAAGAAAGAGAAAAUUCCCUUACGAGACGACAGUACUCAGGAACAAACAGAUAGAGCUUUAAGUGAACAAAUAUUGAUGGUAAAAAUAAAAUCUGAGCCUUGUGAUGACUUACAGAGUCAUCAUUCAAAUGUGCACUUGAGCCAUGAGGCUAAGGGUGCCCCCCCAUUCGUCGGGAUGGGUUCUACUGUGCAGAGAAGUACAGCUGCCUUACCAGCAUCCGAGGACUUUAAAUCGGAGCCCAUUUCACCUCAGGAUUUUUCUUUUUCAAAAAACGGUCUGUUGAGUCGAUUGUUGAGACAAAACCAAGAGACAUACCUGACAGAUGAUCUGGACAGCAGUCACAGAAAUAGUGAACUGACCCUGCUAGAAUCAAAGAAUCUUUGUGUGGUUCCUAAGAAAAGGAAGCUUUAUACUGAGCCAUUAGAAAGCCCAUUUAAAAAGAUAAAAAAUAAUGUAGACAAUGCAAAUAGUCAGAGUGCUCCAGAGGUUCUAUAUGGGUCCUUGCUCAACCAACAAGAGCUGAAACUUAGCAGAAAUGAACUUGAAUUUAAAUAUCCUGCCAGUCAUGGUUCAACCAGUGAAAGUGAGCAUAGGAGUUGGGCCAGAGAGAACAAAAGCUUCAAUGUUCUGAAGCAGCUGCUUCUCUCAGAAAAUUGUGUGAGAGAUUUAUCCCAGCACAGGAGUAACUCUGUCAUAGAUGGUAAAAAGAAGGGACACAAAAAUAAUGUGACCAAUAGCAAACCUGAAUUCAGAAUUUCUUCUUUAAAUGGACUAAUGUACAGCUCCACUCAGCCCAACAAUUGCACAGAUAAUAGGACAAUUCCAUACCAAGGGGUAGCAAAAAAUCCCGUGAGUCCGCCUUUCCCUGAGCACUGGGGUUGUGUCGGGUCUAAAUCGGAAUCUGGACAUUUGAAUGGCUCUUCCAUGCCCAGUGAAAAGGGACCCAUGAAGUGGGUUAUCGCAGAUGGUGAUAAGAAUGAAUAUGAGAAAGAUUCUCCAAGACUGACCAAAACGAACCCAAUACUUUAUUACAUGCUCCAGAAGGGAGGCAAUUCUGUUACUAGUCGAGAAACACAAGAAAAGGACAUUUGGAGGGAGCCUUCCUCUGCUGACAGUGUUUCACAGGUUACAGUCAAAGAAGAGUUACUUCCUGCUGCAGAAAAUAAGACUUCUUUCUUUAACUUAAGAAGCCCUUAUAAUAGCCAUAUGGGAAAUAAUGCCUCUCUCACACACAGCGCGAAUGGAGAAGUCUACGGGCUUCUGGGAAAUGUGCUAACAAUAAAAAAAGAAUCAGAGUAAAAUGUACCUGCCAUCCAGCUUUGUAUCUUUAUAAACUAAAUUAGUAUGAACUUGAGAUCUGUAUAAAUAAGAGCAUGAUUUGAGAAAAGCAUGGUAUAAUUGAAACUUUUUUCAUUUUUGAAAAGUAUUGGUUACUGGUGAUGUAUAAAUAUGCAUACUACUUUUGCUUUAUGUUAGAUGUCAUGAGGAAACUACUGACCUAGCAAUUGGUUGUAUAACAAUUCUGUAUGCAUCAAGACAACAAUUGAGUAGCCUAUGGAUAAAAUUCUUUUAUAAUGAAAUAAUAGGCAUAAAUUAAAACAUACAUCUCCAUAGUGGAUUAAUG